AUGAGUUGCCGAGAAGAGCCGCUGGAGGCAGGGACGUCAAUUAGGAGUAUUGGGACUAUUGCAAAGGCCCAGGCAGGAGAGGAUGAGGACCUGACUGACCUAGGAUUGCACUGUGGUGGAAGAAGCGAAGGCCAGGGCUGGAAGUCAGACAAGUCAGAGGAACGUAGGGGGGCACAGGAACAGCCGCUUAUCUCGUGCACAGCCAAUCAGGGCGGGGUGCGCACGUGCGGCCAGCCAAGGAAACCCCUGACCCCCCUCUCCCCGCCGCCACCGCCACCACCACCACCUCCCCGCCCCUUACAAAAUAAUCCAUUCUCUUUUCCUCGACUAGGAAACCAACCUGCUGAACUCCAAACGCACGUCUUACGGCAGAGCAGAGGCAAAAGCAAGACUUCCAAAGAGGGAGGAAGAACUUCAAAUCCCAACCGUCAGCGCACGAGCGGCUCCUUCUUAAAGAGGAACCGUCGUGCUAAUGAAGUGGAUUCACGAAGCCUUCUCCCACUCCGACCCCUCGGAGACUUCACUUCCCAGUCUUCCGUGCGCCUGAAGUGCAGCGAGCAGAUCAUGGAGAGUUGGAGCAUUCCCAGCAGCUUUUGGGAUCUAUCCAAAAAAGCUGGAAAAGGAAAAGACUCAGUGGAGAAUGAUUUCCUUCCAUUAGAGAACUUUCUUAGUUUCCCCAUGUUUAUCAAGAAUUCUCCUGGAACAUUCUAUUGUCUAGAAGAGGGUCAUCAAUUAGAAGACUCUUGCAAGAGUUCAGCUCUCAUCAAUGGCUCAGUGAUGUUCCAUCUUAGGAACUCGAGUAUGGUGACUGACUGAUUGGAUGCAGACUGCAGUGGUCCAUUAGCAUCUUCACAAUGGAAGCCUACUCUUAAGAAGUCUCAAUGAAGAUAAAAAACAGCAUCAGUUGAAAUGACGGAAAAAUACGUGGCCAGACGGAGCUAGAGUUUCAUAAAUUGGAUUGCAAACACUGGGAUUUUGAAGAUUUAAUUAUGCUUGGGAUAUUUUAUGAAGUAGGGAGACAUUUGUUCUUUUGAGUUUCUAGGGGAUAAAAUAAUAACCACAAACAGAACACAGGGCUAGGUACAGUAUUUACAUUCAUCACAUAUAGAUAAUUUUUGGACACGGAUAAUCAUGGGAUCUAGAGUUGGAAAGGACCAUUGUUCAACCUCUUUCUUUCUUUCUUUCUUUCUUUCUUUCUUUCUUUCU